AGAUGAAGAUGGAAAGGAGUAUAUCUACAAGGAACCCAAACUCACACACCUCUGUCAGAAAUUUCUCAGAGACUCCUUAAACUUUACUCAGAUAAAUUUGGUUCUGAAACGUCAAAAUGAUACAAGAUUCUGGCAAGGUCAACCCUAAGGAUCUGGAUUCCAAGUAUGCGUAUAUCCAGGUGACUCAUGUGAUCCCAUUCUUUGAUGAGAAGGAAUUGCAAGAAAGAAAAACGGAGUUUGAGAGAUCUCACAACAUUCGCCGCUUCAUGUUUGAGAUGCCCUUCACCCAGACUGGGAAAAGGCAGGGCGGCGUCGAGGAGCAGUGCAAACGGCGCACCAUACUGACAGCCAUACACUGCUUCCCUUACGUGAAGAAGCGGAUCCCCGUCAUGUACCAGCACCACACGGACCUGAACCCCAUCGAGGUGGCCAUUGACGAGAUGAGUAAGAAGGUGGCCGAGCUCCGGCAGCUGUGCUCCUCGGCCGAAGUGGACAUGAUCAAACUGCAGCUCAAACUCCAGGGCAGUGUGAGCGUCCAGGUCAAUGCUGGUCCACUAGCAUAUGCCCGAGCUUUCUUAGACGACACAAACACAAAAAGAUACCCUGACAAUAAAGUGAAGUUGCUUAAAGAAGUUUUCAGGCAAUUUGUGGAAGCUUGCGGUCAAGCCUUAGCGGUAAAUGAACGGCUGAUCAAAGAGGACCAGUUAGAGUAUCAGGAGGAAAUGAAGGCCAACUACAGGGAAAUGACAAAAGAGCUUUCUGAAAUCAUGCAUGAGCAGAUUUGCCCCCUGGAGGAGAAGACCAGCGUUUUGCCGAAUUCCCUUCACAUCUUCAACGCCAUCAGUGGGACUCCAACGAGCACGCUGGUUCACGGCAUGACCAGCUCGUCCUCCGUGGUGUGACGUCACCUCGUGGACCGCGUGUGGGGACUUGCUUUGUCAUUUGCAAACUCAGGAUGAUCUCCAGAGCUAAUCACUGGGCACAUGCAGGACACGGGAGACCGAGCACAGGGAACGGUCGAGGGGAGUGCGGGAGGAGGGAAAUGAGGAGCCGUGUUAUUUCGUUUCAUGGCAGAUUUUCUGGAAGAGUCCUAAGAGAGUGCACAUAUUUUUUUAAACCUUGCUGGCAAUAUUCAACAUUUUCAUUAUGUCUUAACAGAGGUAUGUGGUGGACACUCUUAAGCUGGAGUUAAAUUUUAUUCUUCCUUACAGAGUAGUAUUAAAAACCAACGGCCUGGAGAAAACAAGUAUUCUGGAAUGUACAUAGCACUGAAAUCGAGGCUGGGGUAACCUUUUGCCUCUAGGCUAAGCUGGAAAAUCUUGAAAAUAUUUUUUUUUUUUUCCUGUGGCACAUUCAGGUUGAAUACAAGAACUAUUUUUGUGACUAGUUUUUGAUGACCUAAGGGAACCGACCAUUGUAAUUUUUGUACCAGUGAACCCGGAGGUUUAGUGCUUUUAUACUCAUUUACUUGCAUUUAAAAAAUAUGAAAGCUUAAGAAACUAUGUGAGCUUAGGACUAGUCAAGCAGUUUAGAACCAAAGGCCUGUAUUAAUAAACACAACUAUGCUAAACAUUUAAAGUAGUACAGUAUACUGUUAUGUACAUAGAGUUUGUUAAUACAGUCUUGGCAUUGUGUACAUACACGUAUGACAUUUCUACAUUUUUAAUACUCACAUCAGCUUCCGCAUAAAGUUUAAUUGUGACAGAUUUGUGUUGUUCUUAGUAUAUGCAAUACACUUGACUUUACUGUUUUAUUCUUGUACAUAAAAAAAGUGCAAUAUGGAGAUGUAUACAGUCUUUGCUAUGGUUAGGUUUAUAAACUGUUUUAAAAAUUUCA